AUGAAGAAAUUAUGGAUAAUAAUAAUAUAUAUUGGAUAUGUAAAUAGUUUUAUAAAUAAUAAAAUAAUAAAUAAUAUCAAUAAUAAAUUAUUUUUAACUAAAAGAAGUCAAUUAUAUGGUUAUCCAAAACCUAGAAAAUUAUAUAAAAAAGGAAAUUGGUAUAAUAUAUUUGAUGAAGAAAUAGAAAAAGUAGAAUUGGGUAAACCAUGUAAAAAAUUAACAAAUGAUAUAAUUCAAGGUAAAAGAAGAUUAAGAUUUACAUUAAAAAAGACUAAAAAACAAAUGUAUGCAACUAUUGUUGAUGAUAUAACACAUGAUGUACUUUGUUUUGUUUCUACUAAUUUCAAAUGUUAUUCACAUAUUUUUGGUACUAUACCAACUAAACAAUGUAAUACAAAUUUAUUCAGUUACGGUUUUACGUUACGGUUUGGAUAUGAAAGAAAUAAAGGUGGUACAAUAAAAGCAGCAUAUGAAUUAGGAAAAUUAAUUGGUAAACAAGCACUUUCUAAAGGAAUUUCCAAAGUCUAUUUUGAUCGUAAUCAUUACAAGUAUUUUCAUUUCCAAUUCAUUAAUUAA